AUACCUAUAAAAGUUGCUAUUCUCUGUCGUGCAGCACAGUUUCGCAGAGACCGCUGGCCGAUACUAGCAUGACCUCAAUUUCAUGGGUGUUAAGACUAUCGCUUGUAAUUAUCCUGACGGUUUUAUUUGCGUAUUCGACUGGCGGUCAGCGUGGAACCCAGAAUGGUUUACGACAGGCUUCAGGAAACCUACAAAAGUCAGCCUCCCCAGCGACGUUUUCAUCCACAACAGACUGCAAAAAAUGGCUGCGACAAAGCCCUGCAAGUAUCGUUUAUAACUAUGGUAUAAAUGACACCUUGUCUGGCGCUGUCUCUCUCAGGGACUGCCUCAAACGAGAGGAAGCAGCGCAAGCAAGACAGAAGAUUCAAGAGACUCUAAUAGCCUUUCCACUGUUUAGCCAGCCAAGCGGGGUGCAACAGCCCUUACAGGAGAUUCUCCGAAUUCUCCAAACUUGGAGUCCGUCAGGUAAGUGACGAAAUAUCAAGGUGGAUUAACGAUUCUUAUUUGCAAAUCACUUUUAAGACGUGACAGAAAUUAUGAUGCAUGCAGAUCGCUUAAUCUUCAGGUCCCCAGGAAGAAUAACAGCUGGUCAAUAUAUUUUGACCACGACACUGGGGAGUAGAUCCCUUCAUCGAAUGCAGCUCUAACUCCCUAGUGUAUGAUGGUGGUGAGAGUGAUGAAAGACUCAAUCAGCUUCAAAGCAGCUGCACUAUCGGGGACACACGCCGGUCUUUCGGCUGGAAAAAGGAUGACCGUUUCUUGAACCUUCCGUGGUGAGCUGGACGGUCUUGAGUCGCUUGUCCUCCGCCACGGGUCUGGAUUUUGGGGCGACGAAGAGACGUUGUGUUCCUUUGAUGCAACUGCGGAAGAACUACACAAAGUUAUUCCUCCUUCAUUGCUGCGCUUCCGCCGUUGCACGAAUUGAGCAUCAGUGGCAUGGGUCGACCGCUCAACAUGACACCCAUCUUGGAGACCCACGGCGCCAGUCUGGAAAAACUAAGUAUUCACGAGUUUGAACAUGACUGCAGAUAUGCAACCGGAAACUCUACCUGGGUACGGUCAGUUCUGAGUGUAUCAGAGGUCGAGCAAAUCGUUCUGUCAGCUCCCAAUCUCAAAGAGCUUACACUAGAUGUAUAUCGAAGCUCCAAUAAAUGGCCCAAUUCUAUGCUCAAGGUACUUUCCAAGUUUCCUCAUCUUGCCCGACUCACUAUGAACUUUAACCUAGAGGAUCCCAGCAUGUCCAAAUAUGCAGAGCGGUGCCUUGUGGAUGAACGGGCUCGUGACAAAUAUAGCAUCAUUCACGGGCUCAUGGAACCACAGCUGAAUUACACGACAGCAGGCGAGAUAUUCCACACCAUACGGCAAUAUCAAGCUGACACCAAGCUCCGAAACGUUACAAUUUCUGCUGGUGACUUUAGAAGGCGGGUUGGAGGCGGUCUGAGAUUUAUCCCUCACUAUGAGUGGAAUAAGCCAGUGAGAUAUGAUUGUUGGAUGGAGGAGAAUAUGAUCAAAUGUACAGGUCAACACGAUAUUCAUUUCGAUGACAAGGUUUUUCUCUAAAGCAUAGAUCAUGUUGAUUACAAUGAUAAUAUAUCUAAAUAUAUUUGUUCGCAUAAUC